AUGGGUCUCCUCAUGUAUCAAACCAUGGUCGUCCUCACCUGCCUUACCAAAGGAAACAGAUCUUCGUGUACUUUCGACAUUGAAGUUGAUACAAACGUUAAGGUUAAUCGACUCAAAGAGUUGAUCAGAGAUGACCAAAAGCACACCUUCGCUAAAUUUGAUACCAGCCAACUCAUUCUAUGGAAAAUAAACAUUUCAAACAACCGUGCUAACGAAAUUCAUGACCUUAAUCUUGAAAACGAUCUGAACAUAGAAGAGAUGUUUGGUUCAGAAGAGAUUCGCAAGUACUUUGAAAACGUACCUAAUGGAAGCAUUCAUAUUUUAGUCGAACAAAAUGUCUUAUGCUGUCCUUUGCAUUUGAUAUUCUCAUAUGAAUCCGAUAAAAAGGUUGAAGAAUUGGGAGAUGAUUUACAAAGAUUAACAAUAGGUGAGGCCUUUCUUAUUCGUGAAAGUCGAU